AUGUCAGAACGUGGCUGUUGGAUUUGUCAUCCACAUUGCUCUGCAAACAUGAUUUGCGAUUAUCCUGGAGUUUGCAAAUGCAAAAAAGGAUUUUAUUUCAUUGGAAUUUUGCAAGGCUGUGCACGUGCUAUCCCUUAUGUUGAAAGUUAUUUCCCUCCAUCUGGUCCAAUUUCAACAAGUAUUAACAUUUCGCUUAAAUCUUUGGCUAAGUUUACAUUAUCCGAUAUAUCUUGCAAGUUUAACAAUACAAUUUCGCCCGGAAUUGUAUUGACCCAGAAUCUUGUUCAAUGCAAAGUUCCAAAGUUUAAGAUUACUUCUAAGAAAGAAUUAGUACAAAUAUAUCUUUCUUACGACAACGCUACAUGGUCAAAACAAGAUUUUCAAUUCCAGAUCAUAAGUACACACAAAGAAAUUAAUCUCACAGCAUUCUACAUAAUUGCAGCUGUAAUUAUUAUUGUUGCUGCAUUUAUUUCAAUGAAAUAUUUCAAUUUUCCAAAAUUUGGUGGAAACAAGGGAUCUGGUGAUGACCAGCCAUUGUUGCAUUCAAAUGAAAACUACUAA